UGUUGGUUGUCAGUGGAGCAGAGACAUGGCUGCGUUCAGUAAGAUACCGCACAACUGCUACGAGAUAGGACACACCUGGAACCCUUCUUGCGUGCGGUCUGCUGUGGAUGUAACCAAGGGGGCUCUCGAGGUGUCCUUUAAAAUAUAUGCCCCUCUCUAUUUGAUAGCAGCUGUUCUAAGGAGAAGAAAGAAGGAUUACUAUUUAAAAAGGCUUCUCCCUGAGAUCCUGUGGUCCACCUCUUUCCUCACCGCCAAUGGAGGUCUCUACAUUGUUUUCUUCUGUAUUCUCAGGAGACUGUUGGGAGGAUUUUACUCCUGGUCGGCUGGGUUUGGAUCGGCUCUGCCAGCAUCUUAUAUUGCAAUUCUCCUGGAGCGCAAGAGCAGGAGAGGGCUGCUGACGAUAUACAUGACAAAUCUUGCCAUUGAGACUUUGUUCCGCAUGGCAGUGACACGAGGUAUCGUCACACCCAUCAAACAUGGAGAGGUGCUGUUGUUCUGCAUAACUGCAUCACUUUAUAUGUUCUUCUUCAGGAGUCAAGAUGGUCUCAAAGGCUUUGCAUUUUCUGCACUAAAGUUCAUCAUUGGCAAAGAAGAGCUUCCAAGUCACCCUGUCACAGCAGAACACAUCUGCACAAGGCCUCUGGAGAGAGCGGGUACAGUACAGAGUGAGGACUCCCAAGUGGUAGCAGAGAGAUUCAGCUCCAGAAGGAAAACUCUGUUAGCUUACACCAGAGAACUGCUAGAAUCAAUAUGCAAAAAGGGUCCAAGACACAGAUGUUGUAAACACUACCAGGAAAACUGCAUUGCCUACUGUAUCAAAAGUUUUGUCAGGAUGUUCAGUGUUGGCUACCUGAUUCAGUGUUGUCUUAAAGUUCCCUCAGCGUUCAGGCAGAUGUUCUCUAAACCCUCACGGCUCCCCUCACUCUUCUACAACAAAGAAAACUUCCAGCUCGGGGCCUUUCUAGGAUCUUUUGUCAGCAUCUACAAGGGAAUGAGCUGCUUGCUGCGCUGGGUGCGUAACAUUGAUGAUGAGCUCAACGCACUGAUUGCUGGCUUCCUCGCUGGCACUUCAAUGUUCUUCUACAAAAGCACGACGAUAACUAUGUAUCUCUUCACUAAGCUGGUAGAGACGAUGUAUUUCAAGGGCAUCGAGGCUGGACGGUUCCCUUACUUUCCCCAGGCAGACACAGUCCUGUACGCCAUCUCCACUGCCAUCUGUUUUCAAGCAGCUGUGAUGGAAGUACAGAACCUCAGGCCCACAUACUGGAAAUUCCUGCUACGGUUGACGAAGGGCAGGUUUGCUCUGAUGCACCGGCAGUUGCUCGAUGUGUUCGGGACUCAGGCCUCCAGGGAUUUUAAAGGCUUUGUGCCCAAACUGGACCCUCGUUUUACCACAGUGCUUCCACCAGGAACAGACUUCAUUCUUGGGUGAUUUGGGAUCAGGCUCUCGCAGACGCUUUAGGGAUACCUCAACAAGAAAACAGUUUGGCUGUUUUUUUGGAGUAAUUUAACUCUUUUUUUUUUUUUUUUUUUAAGGAUGUUGUAACAGUUCAGAAAUAAUAUUGAUAUAUGAGGUGGGACAUUGAUAUGGGGGAUGUAAUGGUCCAAGAUCUGUCAAAGCAGGGAGUUUUACGGUGAGCAUCAAAUGUCCUGGGAUUCAUAGGCCCAUUUACUGACAAAGAUAUUAUGGAUGCCAAUUUUUAAAUUAACAAAUUGGAAGUGAUUUUUACGUCCCAAUGAAAACGUAGAGUACUUAGACAAUAAUAAUGAGAAAGUCAUCUAAUCAGUGUUUUAAUAUGAAGCCAAGUUAACAGAUUGCAGUUGGCCAAGUGACGUUUAUCUUCACCUAAAUGGGAAGGACAGUAGUACUAACUUAAAUAACCUUUUUGUCAUAUAAAAUAUUAAAUAAACCCAGCUUGGUUAAUUGGAAAUGAAAAUCUAUUUAUCUCUGGAUUCACCAAUAUUCCCUUUGUCUAUUUUGCAUCCGUGGGUUAUUUGGACUGAAUUCAGUUUGUCUUUUGGAUGGUUGCUCCCAGGAAAAAUACACAUUAGUGAAGGUACACCUGAUUUAUACUUUGACUGGAGAACAGGUUUGAGUUUACUUCUUCCUCAUCAUUUCAGAAUGUAAACAAUGUGUGGGACUGAUGGUUAUGAAGCCUUAUUAAAUCUUCUCUUAUGUAUUAAGGUCUUAACACACUGGGUCCGUUAUUUUCGGAUGCGUCAACACACUUGGACCUUGCACACUGGGUCCGAUGCGUUUUUAUUUGCCUGUACGGCGAAAAUUCGUAGAAUGUGGGAAAUUGUUUCAUUUCAUUUACUCUUCAAGAGAUGAAGAGUUACUUUUAAUUCAGCCUCUGUUAUGACCCAUGAGUAGGCUACAAACCUCUGCCUUUAUCUGUUAUAUUUCCAUAUCUGAUAUCCACAUAAUACACCGGCAAACUACGGUGUUUGCAAUGAGGUUUUGUUGCAAGAGAGGGAGAGAAAGGGAGAGAGAAGGAGGGGUUGGGCGGGGUCGAGUGAGAAAGAGAGAUUAAAGCAUCAGGCGCUGAUCUGAAUUAUCAAUCACCCGCCUAUCUGUUUUAUUUCCAUGGUUGAUAUCCACAUAAUUAAUAAGAAAACUUUGGUGUUUAAAGUGAGGUUUGGUGUGAGAGAUAGGGGGAGCGAGAGGAGGGGUUGGGCGGGGCUGAGCAAGCGAGGAGGAAGCAGUGGACACUAUUUUGAAUCAUCAAUCACCCAUUUAAAUGACUUGGACUAAUAUGAAAUUUCGCUUUAAAUCGAACCUGUUUGAAAAAAGAAAUGACGAAAAUUUCGGCGUCAGUGUGCAAACAUGAUUAUAACAACAUGAUCUCAAUUUUCUUUUUUAACGUGCGGAAAAUAAGGACGAAAUAAAUGGAGUCAGUGUGCAAAGGCCUUUAGUCUGUGGGAACUAAUUUAGAUGCUGUCUGUUGUGAAAAGAUAUGAGAGAAGACUCAUAUUUUUAAGAACAGUUGGGCUUUUUUAACCCUGCUUUUUGUUCAUGGUUCAUCCAUGAUUUUUUAGACUACACAAAUAAACCAUUACCACUGAGGGGGACUUCUGUAGUUACUUAGAGUCCCUCAAAGGAGUUUUUAGCUGGUAAAUGCAAAAAAAAAAACUAACGAAAAAUAAAACAAAGUAAUAAUGAUGCCUCUUUGAAGGCAAACAAGACCAUCAGAAUAAACACUGACAAUUUCAUCCCUCAGUAUGUUUACAUGCAAUUAAAAAAUGUAUCACUGUGUUAGUCUGACUAAAUAUUGCCUUUUAAAAUUGUGGUUUCCAAAGUGGAGGUCAGGACCCCCCAUUUUUUGUUUAAAGAAAACAAAAAUGCAUAAAAUUAGUUGAAUUUAAAAUUACAAACAGGGUCAUUUGAUAAGAUUUAUGCUGAAAUCAAAGUAAAGUUUAAAGUGUACUGCCCAAAACAUAACUGUCGGCAUGUUUUAGGGAUGGCAAUUAAAGCGUGUCAAAUGAUGGGACUUACUGGUCCGGCACCGGUGUGUUUGGGCCUACUUGACUAUUUUUGAAAAUAGACUGCUGUGUUUAACUAUACCUCAACUACCCUUAGGUACAGUAGGAACCCUAUUUUAGUGUGAAGGUAAACAUUUUAGACAGAUUAAAAUUGUACUUAAUUGAGUUUCUCGAAGUUGGUAAAACAGCUAGAUCACGCAGAUGAAGAUCCAUUUAUUAUUUCAUCUAUACCCAUCAGUCAAACCAAAAUGGGUCAGAUUUUCUGUGCAUUCUCCACAGUUUCCACAUGAUCUUGAUCUAGAAGUCAGCAAUGCUAACCAUAGAAGCUAGGCUCACCAUAGAAGAAACUGUGUUGCUGUCUGCCUGUGGGUUUCACUGUGAGCUCGAGGCAUAGCAUACAUUGAUUUUUUUCAGAAGUAGAGCUCAAAGUAUGCACAAGGAAGAAAAAUUUUGUUCAAGGUCUAAUUAAACUAAUUAAAUUCAACCCCACUGGGAACGAUCACAAACUGAUAAAACUGUCGCUAUAAUAUAGUCACAUCUGAGCUAACUGCUACUCUAGCGACAGCCAUUGCUAAGGGCUCAGCUUAUAACUAAACCCAGCCCGUAGCUAUUGCCUCGGUCUCGUCAAACAACAGUGAUUGGUCAGAACUGUGUUUGGUUUGACACAAACAUUUAGACUUGAGUUUUUCAAGAUGGAUUUGCCUGAUGACAGAGGUAGACUGGCAAAUAUUUGUGCUUCGCAAGGUUACUGAUCAAUAACUGUGGCUUGACUUAACUGUGCAUGUAAACAUACUGAUUUUUUUGUAAUUUCUGAAACUGCUGUCAGGUGUAGGGGUCUGAAUACAUUCUUGCAUCCCGCAGAAUUUUUUUUUUUUUUUUUUUUUAUUUACCAAAAAUCAAGAAAGAGAAAAUAGGUAGUGUUUUUUCCACUGGGGGCACCAAAAUUGACAUGAACCUAACAUUGCUCACUGGAGCUUAAUGGGACUGAGAAAAAUGGAAAACCAUGACAAAAUGUUUAAAUGUCACACAAAGUUGCUUGAUGUUGUGUUGUAUUAAAGAGCAGAGACUUUGUAAUGUGAUGCACAUGAUAAGUUACUCAAAAGUCAAUGUUAGGCAGACUCGUUUUGCUAAUCCAUUUGAUUAAAUAAUUAGCAAAUGGUCUUUAAAGUGAAGGCCAGUGUAAGUGUAAGCCACAAUUUAUCAUUUUACACUAAAAGUCAGCCAGAUCCAUUGUUUUCACUUUGCUCUCUAGAAGUUUUGGUAUAGAAUGACAGCACUAAUUUCCACUUAAACUGGAAAAAACACCAAACACAGGUCAGUCAAGGCUGUGUUGGGUCACUUGAGCUCAUAAAACACUGUUGGCUGUUUGGGUUUAUAUAUACUUUCUAGUUUCAAGGUGAACCCUCAUUGACUGAUUUUAUGAUUUUACAAAGAGCUUUCAACAAGGCGACAAGGACUCAGUUUCUGGUAGUUAAGGCACACAGUUUACUGAGUUCUUUUUUUCAUCCUGAUGGUUGUUGCUGAGAGAUUAAAAAAUCUGAGAAAGGACGUUUGAAAUCUUUCUGAAGGAGCAGGGAUCAUUUUGUUCUUCAAUUCUCAACACAAAUGACAUCGUUAAUGAGGCGCGCUAUAAAUGACAACUUCAUUCCAGAUGUGAAAUGCUCUGCAUUUGUUUACCUUCUUUUUAAUCCUGUAACUCAACCUAGCUUUAGACACAACAGACCCCAGAUCAGAAGCCAUGAUUGUAGACAGGUACAGUGCAAAAUACACUUUAAGAAAGAAAUAUAUGUUUAAACAACUUAAAUAUUAAGUAUUCAUUUCUCACAGGAUUAUGACACAGCUAUACAAAUGUUCUGAUUUAUGUAAAAUGGUGUUUAUUAAAAUAUUUUUGAUUUUA